CACUUACGUGGGAAUUCAUCAACAACGAAACAACAUGGCUGCUUGGCUACCUGUAGUGCAAAAUGCUUGUUUUCAUACGCUGAGAUCUUAGACAAUUGUUUGAUAAAUGGGUUCGCGUCUGCGACCCGUUCCUGACAAAAUAUUUGAAUGUCUAAUAGAGGUCGUAGCGCCUGUUACAGCAGACGAAGAAGGAAAAUUGAUUCGUGUCUACCCAGAUAGCUAUGAAGAUGUAGAUCUUCUGAAGGAUAUUACAAAAUUCUGCUUUCCAUGCAUACAUGAUUCGGAAAUGGUUGAUGCUGUUCAACAUUUUGCUUUUGUUUUAACUGACAUUGAUUCCCUAUUUCGGUUUGGAUUUUGUCGUUAUCCACCCAAAGCUAAAACUUGUCUUUGUAUUAUCAGUGACUUACCUGCAUUUGAAAUGUUUUAUGGUAUCUUAAAUACAUUCGCGGAACUCGUCAACAGUCAGUCACAUAAGAAUAUCACAGGCAGACAGUUUUUAGAUCUUGUGCUGGAGAGUCGGGUUCCAGAGCCUGGGACUAAAUUUACUGUGAAUGAUCCAGGCACCGGAUGGGUACGACAUUACUCAUAUCCUGAUCAUUCAAGAUUACCCAUGAUUCCAGAAAAUAGAAAUCUAACAGACUACUUCUCUACUGUUAAUUCCAACAACAUGAUUGCAUUGUUCUCCAGCAUGAUCUUUGAACGAAGAAUCAUUGUAACAUCUAGGAAGCUUGGUUUGUUAACGGCAUGUACGUACAGUGCAAACCAGUUGCUCUAUCCUAUGCAUUGGCAACAUGUUUUUAUACCUGUUUUACCGACCUGUUUGUUGGAUUAUUGCAGUGCCCCAAUGCCUUUUCUUGUUGGUGUUCAUUCAUCUCUUAUGGAGAGAGUACGAGACAUGCCAUUAGAUCGUGUCGUCAUACUUGAUGUUGAUGCAGAAGAAAUAGAAAUCACUGGAAAUGAAGACAAUAAAAUUGACGAACUGCCAUCUCAUGUGACAUCCAAAUUAAACAGUGCUUUAAAAAAGACAACUAUUGCAGUUGGUGAACAUGUUGCUCAAGCGUUUCUCAGUGCCAUUGUUGCUAUGAUUGGUAGUUACAGACAGGGUUUAAAACUUAUUAAUGAAGAGAUUGUUUUUGAUGAAGACAUGUUUAUAAAUUCCCGCCCAAACAUGAAAUCUUUUUUGAAAGAUCUUUUGAAAUUCCAGCAUUUUGAGCAGUUCAUUUAUCAUCGACUUCAACAGUUAAAGGCAGGGGAAAGUAUUGAUGACAUUUUUGAAGAACAAGUUGGUCUUCAACCAGAAACUGAUACUAAAUUGAUUACUACACAGUACAAGAAUUGGAUGAAAAAUCGAAAGCGUGAUGGUACUCACUUGCUCAAUAACCUCAGUGAAAAAACAGAACAGGCAACAAACAAAGCAAAAAAAUUCAUGUUGAAUGUUAAAAUGAGUGGUAAAAAUAACUGGAUUGACGCCAUGAAAGGACUCAAAGUAAGAAAGAAAAAUCAAAUAAAAUCAGAGCAAACAGACAUUGAUUCAUCAACCAAUCCAGCGUCCAGAGCAAACUCAUUACCAGUGCGUCGAGCAAAUUCCGUUGUAGAUGAUUCAAAAGUCAAUUUUGCUCGUCAGUCUAUUGGUAGUGUUCUUACAAAUCGCAUCGAUUUUCCUUCAUCAUCAAAAAAACAUUCUUCUCAAACAGCCCAAGAUGACGAGUCUCGUGAAACAUUGUUAAAAAAAUGUCCUCCUCCACGCCCUCCUCCACCUUGGUCUGCACAACCUUCACUUCGUCCUCCAUCACCACCACCUCGACCUACCCAACCUUCACCUCGUCCUCCAUCACCACCACCUCGGCCUACACAACCUUCACCUCGUCCUCCAUCACCACCACCUCGACCUACACAACCUUCACCUCGUCCUCCAUCACCACCACCUCGACCUACACAACCUUCACCUCGUCCUCCUUCACCACCACCUCCGUAUAAUGCAAAGAAAGAUGGACAAUAUUUAAGAACGAGUAUGGAGCGAAACCCUUGUGAUCCAGUUGUCAAAGAUCUUAUUGAUUUUUACAAUAGUCAGGAGGAUUUAACCACCGAUACAUCCACGAAGGAUCCUUUUGCCGAUUUUAAGGAUUUUGACUAUCAUGUUGAUCGCCAAUCGGGAAAUCGAAACUCUGCAUUACCAACCGUAAAAAUAGAUAAAACAACGUGUAGUAAUGAACAUUUAAAUCAAAGCAACGGCUUGGUAUCCGAAACACUUCAAGGUUUGUCAAACGACACAAGACAUUUUUUACUAAAAUCGCCAAUACAAAACGAUGAAAGUAAAUUUAGACUUGGUAGAUCCAGUCCGUCUAUUAAUACGACGUCAGGACAUUCACCGCGUUUACAACGAAGAUUACAUAAUUCAGUAAAGUCCUCUCGUUCUUCACGUAGAGAAGUGAAGAAAAAGACUCUUCAAGAGAUUGCUUGUGAGCAAAAGCUUGGAAAUAACGAUGAGAACAUGACGCAUGCGCUGUCAGCUCCAUCGUUAUUGGAGUAUUCAUCUGGAAAUGAGAAUUAUGGACAAUAUAAUACAAGCAACAGGAACCAAACGCCUUCGAACAGAGCCGACAAUCAAACGAAUCUUAUUUCAAAUGUGGAUCUUCUAGGACAGAUAGAAUUUGUGGGCAAUAAUCCAGAGCUGGACGAAGAUCCGUUCCUAGAAAUUUCUCAGAGACAUGAAAGAGCGCAAAAUGCAAAAUAGAAUUUUUAGAAUAAAAUAUAUAAAAAGAUUUUAUAGAUAACGUAAAAGCACAGCGAAGCACAAAACUUAGAAAAAAGUUUUGGAGGAUUUUGGAACGCAGACUGUAAGUUAAAAAACGUAAAUAUUUACUUGAUGAAAUGUUUCGCACCAAAA